AGUGAGUGAUUUUUGAUGUGGAAAAAGUGCUUAUGUAGUUUCUAGAAAACAUUGGCAAGAGUGAUAAAAGCCGUUUAAACGUAUAGUUAGGGUUGAACUGGAACCAUUUUACUAUUUUGUUUUUCUCGUUUAAGAGAACCCCCCCCCCCAAGAAAUAAUUUUCCGAAUCCCACCCUUGACAGUGUUAAGUCACUGAAAGCGCGCGGCAGCGACUGAACUCUUGUCGAAGAUGCCCUUGGCACAGUUUGGAGCAGACCCAUGGCAGAAAAUGGCCUUGGAGAAUUCGGAAAACGAGGUCAUGGAUGACUCAAUGGGGGAGGAUGAAACUGUAUGCAGUGAUGAGGGCUCAGUGAAUGAGAUCAGUAUCACAAACCAUGUUAAAGAGGGCUCUGAAAGGGCUGAUCCUAGGCAGUUUGAGCUCCGCAAGGUCCUGGGACAGGGAUCCUUUGGGAAGGUGUUCCUUGUGAAGAAAAUAACAGGGCCUGAUGCUGGACAGCUGUAUGCUAUGAAGGUGCUGAAAAAGGCCACUUUGAAAGUGCGAGAUAGGGUCCGUACCAAGAUGGAGCGAGACAUUCUGGUAGAGGUGAACCAUCCUUUCAUAGUCGGACUACACUACGCAUUCCAGACAGAAGGGAAGCUGUACCUGAUUCUGGACUUCCUCCGAGGUGGAGAUCUAUUCACACGGCUGUCUAAAGAGGUGAUGUUCACAGAGGAGGAUGUGAAGUUCUACCUGGCAGAGCUGGCUCUGGCCCUGGACCAUCUGCAUGGCCUGGGAAUCAUCUACAGAGACCUUAAACCUGAGAACAUUCUGUUAGAUGAGGAGGGCCAUAUCAAACUCACUGACUUCGGCCUUAGUAAAGAGUCCAUUGAUCAUGAGAACAAGGCCUACUCUUUCUGUGGAACAGUGGAGUACAUGGCACCAGAGGUCGUGAACCGCCGAGGACACACCCUUAGCGCUGACUGGUGGUCCUACGGCGUGCUCAUGUUUGAGAUGCUGACUGGGACACUGCCUUUCCAAGGGAAGGACCGGAAGGAAACCAUGACCAUGAUACUGAAGGCCAAGUUGGGAAUGCCACAGUUCCUGAGCCAAGACGCCCAAUCUCUCCUACGUAACCUUUUCAAACGCAACCCAGGCAACAGACUAGGUGCUGGUCCAGACGGAGUGGAAGAGAUCAAGAGACAUUCCUUAUUUUCCACAAUUGACUGGAACAAAUUAUUCAGGAGAGAACUCCAUCCCCCCUUCAAACCUGCGAGUGGCAGACCUGAUGACACCAUCUACUUUGACUCUGAAUUCACUGCAAAAACUCCACGGGACUCUCCCGGCUGUCCCCCGAGUGCCAACACCAACCAGCUGUUUAGAGGCUUCAGCUUCGUGGCUAUCUCAGAUGAGGAGAGUCAACCUCCACAGAACAUUAACAUCAACAUGUCCUCUAUACAGCAACUCCACAGAAACACAGCACAGUUUAGUGAUGCCUACGAUGUGAAGGAGGACAUUGGUGUGGGCUCUUACUCCAUAUGCAAACGCUGUGUUCAGAAGAGCAACAGUAUGGAUUAUGCUGUAAAGAUCAUCAGUAAGGCCAAGAGGGACCCCACAGAAGAGGUGGAGAUUCUUCUGCGCUAUGGACAGCACCCCAACAUCAUCACUCUCAAAGAUGUGUUUGACGAUGGGCGCUCAGUGUACCUGGUGACAGAGCUGAUGAAAGGAGGAGAGCUGCUGGAUAAAAUCCUCAGACAGAAGUUCUUCUCUGAGAGGGAGGCCAGUGCAGUUCUCCACACCAUCACCAAAACUGUAGAGUACCUGCAUGCACAGGGGGUUGUCCAUAGAGAUCUGAAGCCCAGUAACAUACUGUAUGUGGAUGAGUCUGGAAACCCAGAGUCCAUCCGAAUCUGUGACUUUGGCUUCGCCAAACAGCUGAGAGCUGAAAACGGGCUCCUGAUGACUCCUUGCUACACGGCCAACUUUGUCGCCCCCGAGGUUCUGAAGAAACAGGGCUAUGAUGCAGCCUGUGAUAUCUGGAGUCUAGGAGUGCUGCUCUAUACAAUGCUUACUGGGUUCACUCCUUUUGCCAAUGGACCAGAGGAUACUCCCGAAGAGAUCUUGGCUCGGAUCGGCAGUGGAAAGUUCUCUCUGACGGGCGGCUACUGGAAUUCAGUCUCAGCAGAGGCCAAGGACCUAGUGUCCAAGAUGCUGCAUGUGGACCCCCACCAGAGGCUAACUGCUGCUCAGGUGCUGCGACACCCUUGGAUAUUACACAAGGACCAGUUGCCCAAGUACCAGCUCAAUAGACAGGAUGCUCCUCAUUUGGUCAAGGGUGCGAUGGCAGCCACUUACUCUGCUCUGAACAUGCAUGUUCCCCCUGUGCUGGACCCUGUAGGGCGCUCCUCGUUAGCUCAACGAAGAGGAGUGAAGAAGUUGACCUCCACAGCCCUGUGAUCCACUAGUAUCAAUCUCAACUGUUUAAUGCUACUGCACCAGUGCAUUAGUGUGUUUCGACACCCGCUGUGUUAGAAGAACAGUGUAAGACCAAAAAGAAACGGUAACCCAUUCACUGAGAAAAUGUAUCAUGUAUUUGCUUGUACAAUCAUCACUGCCUUCAGACCAAGAGUUACAAACUCUUGGAAAGGCUGAACUGUAUAUUUUAUGAAAAUGAGAUAUUUACUACAAAAAUAGAAUUAAAUGUAUACGGGUUUCUAUAGGUCUGUGUUUAAACAGAGAUUGAGUUAAGCACUGGGGGAUGAAGGGGUUUGGAAAGGGUUAAAAUUGUUUCCCCCAGUUGCAUGGAGCACAGUCAGUCCCCCUUAUUCCAAAUCAACCGCUAAGCCCCUACCUAUGCACUUGUAUAGAUCUGAAAAGAUUAGAUGCGUGUAAACAGUCAUAUUUUUAGUUAGGCCAACUUUUAGAAUGUGUUAUAUUGUUCUAAUUCCAGACAUUUGGUUACAUAGCAUUGUUUAAAUAUUCCCCAUGUCAUGUUAAAUGGGGAGCUAACCAUAGAAAUAGAAUGAAUGGAACUGACUUGGUGCUCUAACCCUGGCAAUUUGACUGGUAAACUCAUGGGAACACUCACCAUAGAGCCCCACAGUGGAGGUGUCAUAACACUCCUAAAACCUAGCAGUUAAACAGAGAAAUGGUUCCAAUUGUUUUUCCACCGUUUAUUUUUCCCAUAUUAAGUAUUUACAUUUCCUAAGGGCUAUGUUUGGUGUAGGUUUACCCUGGCGUGUCAUUUUGAUGACCAUGUAAAUCUCUGACAAGGUGACUAACCAAUAUAUUUGUCUCCAUUUACUUUGCUUCUAAAAUGCUAAUUAGUGUCAAAGUAGACAUCAUGCAAGAUUACAAAUACCUUCAUGCACGUGCUGACACCUUUGCUGACAGUUAUUGUGUCAAGACAGUUCACAUAAUUGUCAAUUUUUAAAGAAAUUUUGCCAAUUUAUUCAUUACUAAAUGUAACUAAAAUGGUUAAUCCAGACAUUAUUUCCUUUACCUCGAUUUGGCAGUCUCGUACAGGUCAUCAUGGCAUUUGUAGUUCUUUAUGAUAGCCACGUUCACAGUUAAUUAGCACCUUUUUUGGGGGGGGUAAAUACAGGUGAAUAUGUUUAUAAGUCACCUUG